AUCCUCGCAACCGACCAGGCUCUGGCGGAGCCCAGAUACGAUGCAUUGAGGGAUGAGGCUCGGCAAUUCGUCCAGAACCAUGGCGGCACUCUGGUCUUUUGUUGCCAUUUCCCGUCUUUCGUCCAUGACAUGGACGCCAUGAAACUCUUCUCGUCGUUCGGCCUCUACUGGAGGACAGGCGAAUAUCAACGCGCCGAGUAUACCAUCAAUCGAGCUGCCCGCCGCACCGAUGCGGCUGCUCUCAUGUCACGAUACAGUCCGGAGGCUCGUCACCUUUGCGAUGUUGAUCCAGCGGACGCAAUCUACUUACCUGCACCCGCAGCUUGUGUCCAAUCUUGUGUCUGGCCCCCAUCCACAAACAAAAGCCAGACCCCAGCCGCGUUGACAGGAAUUGGUCUCGGAAAGCUUGGCUACCUGGGAGAUGUGCACGGAGACGAGGGCACCAUGGAGACUGUGCUGAUCACC